AGACCCAGGCUGGGUAUGUAGCCUGCACCGACGUCAGCCGAUGCAUCGCCUCUGCUCUCGUCAGAACCUGCCCAGGGGAUUGUCACUGCCAUCGCUCUGCAUGCAGCACCGUGCUGACGUCGUGUCGCGCUCUGUCCAUCUUUCGGAUUGCUAUCUGCCGCCUUCCAUCCCAUGGCACUCGUCACAGUAUCCGGCUAUCCCUGCAGCGGCAAAAGCACAAGAGUGGCAGAACUCGUCAGGAUACUACAGGAACAGCAAGCGCUCGAGGUUGUCAUCAUAUCGGACGAAUCCAUCCACAUCUCUCGCGAUGCCUACGAUGAGAGCAGGUCAGAGAAGCCUGCGCGUGCUGCGCUGCUCUCUGCUGUCGUCAGGGCGCUACGGAAAGAUCGCAUUGUGAUCUGCGACGCAAUGAAUUACAUCAAGUCGCUGCGAUAUCAAUACUACUGCGCCGCUCGGGAAGCAGGCUGCCGUACAUGCACUCUCAAUGUCGUCGCGCCCAUCAAUCGCUGUCGAGCAUGGAAUAUAGCCAAAGGCGACAAGGGCUACCUACAAGCGACAUUUGAUAACCUCUUGCAGCGAUAUGAAGAGCCAUCAUACGCGACAAGAUGGGACACGCCUCUCAUCGUCGUGUCUGACGAGGAUGCGUGCUUGCCUGUCGACAAGAUCAUGUCUGCGCUCACUACCGCCACGCUUAAACCUCCGACGGGAGCUGUCUUGCCUACUUCCGUACCGUCUGGCGACUAUCUGCAUCUCCUCGAGACGGUCACACAGUCGGUCAUCACGGCAAUCAUAGAGGCGCAAGCUAUCGAUCUGUCGGGCGGUUCGACGAAGCUACACGUUAACCUAUCGCAUGGUCAACAGACUUUGCUCGAAGUGAACCUGCCUUCGAUCAAAGUACCGCCGAGUAAGAUGCAUCGGCUCAAGCGACAGUUCACGAUACUCAACAGACAGAGUCGCAAAGAUUGCUCUGCAGAGACCAUCGCGAGCAUGUUUGCAGACUACCUUGCCAGUAACUUGCUGUAGCGCAUGCAUGGAUGUCACGACGUCCGUGUCACGGUGCCGACCGUGCUCGACAAAGGCC